GUCGAAGCCGACGGUAGACAAGAGCCAGCCGGGUAGCUGAGGGGUGUCUUUGUCGUGCUGCUGCCUCCUUGGGUCGUUACUGUCGAGUCCUGAUAAAGAACGGCCCUGACAGUGAAAAAGCAGUCUGGCUCCCGAGGUCCACCCCUUAUACCCCAAGGUCCAGAUGGCGGCCAACGUGGGUGAUCAACGUAGCACGGAUUGGUCCUCUCAGUACAGCAUGGUGGCCGGGGCAGGCAGAGAGAAUGGCAUGGAGACUCCUAUGCAUGAGAACCCGGAGUGGGAGAAGGCCCGCCAGGCCUUGGCUAGCAUCAGCAAAGCAGGAGCCGCCGGCAGCUCCACUAAGGCCAGCAGCAAUGGGCCUGUGGCCAGUGCACAAUAUGUGUCACAGGCAGAAGCCUCGGCUUUGCAGCAGCAGCAGUACUACCAGUGGUACCAGCAGUACAACUAUGCCUACCCCUACAGCUACUAUUAUCCCAUGAGCAUGUACCAGAGCUACGGCUCCCCCUCCCAGUAUGGGAUAACCAACUCCUAUGGCUCAGCUACACCCCAGCAGCCAUCGGCACCCCAGCACCAGGGGACUCUGAACCAGCCCCCAGUCCCCGGCAUGGAUGACAGCAUGUCUUACCAGGCUCCCCCUCAGCAACUGCCAGCAGCCCAGCCCCCUCAGCCCUCGAACCCCCCACAUGGGGCUCAUGGUCUGAGUAGUGGUCCGCAGCCAGGGACAGCCCCAGCCGCACAGCACAGCCAGGCGGGGCCUGCCUCGAGUCAGGCCUAUGGGCCACACACCUACACAGAGCCUGCCAAGCCCAAGAAGGGCCAACAGCUAUGGAACCGCAUGAAGCCAGCCCCAGGAACUGGAGGUCUCAAGUUCAACAUACAGAAACGGCCUUUUGCUGGCACCAACCAGAGCUUUGGCUCCAACGCAGAGGGCCAGCACAGCAGCUUUGGGGCCCAGCCCAACCCUGAGAAAGCCCAGAGUCACAGUGGGCCUUCUGCCCGGGGGAACUUGUCUGGGAAGCCUGAUGAUUGGCCCCAGGACAUGAAGGAGUAUGUGGAGCGAUGUUUCACUGCCUGUGAGUCAGAGGAGGACAAGGACCGGACGGAGAAGCUUCUCAAGGAGGUUCUGCAGGCCCGGCUGCAGGACGGCUCCGCCUACACCAUUGACUGGAGCCGGGAGCCUCUGCCAGGGCUGACCCGGGAGCCUGUGGCUGAGAGCCCCAAGAAGAAGCGGUGGGAGGCCCCUAGCAGUCUUCACCCUCCCAGGGGGGCAAGCUCAGCGACAAGGGGCGGGGGUGUCCAGUCCCAGCGAGGGACACCAGGGGCUGGGGGUGCUGGCCGAGCCCGGGGCAGCAGCUUCGCCAAGUUUGGCAACCGCAAUGUCUUCAUGAAGGAUAACAGCUCUUCCUCUAGCACGGACUCCCGCUCCCGCUCCUCCUCCAGGUCCCCGACUCGCCACUUCCGCAGGAGUGACUCCCACUCAGAUUCCGACAGUUCCUACUCAGGGAAUGAGUGUCACCCUGUGGGCCGCAGGAACCCACCCCCCAAGGGCCGGGGUGGUCGAGGGGCCCAUAUGGAUCGGGGCCGAGGCAGGGCGCAGCGUGGAAAGAGACAUGAUCUAGCUCCCACCAAGCGCAGCCGCAAGAAGAUGGCAGCACUGGAGUGUGAGGACCCAGAGCGUGAGCUGAAGAAGCAGAAACGGGCAGCCCGCUUCCAGCACGGACACUCCCGCCGCCUGCGCCUCGAGCCCCUGGUGCUGCAGAUGGGUAGCCUAGACAACAGUGGAGCUGACCUUGACUGGCAGGAGCUGCAGAUCGUGGGCACCUGCCCUGACAUCACCAAGCACUACUUGCGUCUCACCUGUGCCCCUGACCCUUCCACUGUGCGCCCUGUGGCAGUUUUGAAAAAGUCACUGUGCAUGGUCAAGACCCACUGGAAAGAGAAGCAAGACUAUGCCUUUGCCUGUGAGCAGAUGAAGUCAAUCCGGCAGGAUCUUACGGUGCAAGGUGUCCGCACUGAGUUCACAGUGGAGGUGUAUGAGACCCAUGCCCGCAUUGCCUUGGAAAAGGGUGACCAUGAAGAGUUUAACCAGUGCCAGACACAGCUCAAAUCACUGUAUGCUGAGAACUUGCCUGGCAACGUAGGCGAGUUCACUGCCUACCGGAUCCUCUACUACAUCUUCACCAAGAACUCGGGAGACAUCACCACGGAGCUAGCGUACCUCACACGGGAACUGAAGGCAGACCCUUGCAUGGCCCAUGCCUUGGCGCUGAGGGCAGCCUGGGCCCUGGGCAACUACCAUCGCUUCUUUCGGCUCUAUAGUCAUGCACCAUGUAUGUCUGGUUACCUCGUGGACAAGUUUGCAGACCGGGAGCGCAAGGCUGCCCUCAAGGCAAUGAUCAAAACGUAUGUGGCGCUGAGCUGUCUGUCCUCUGCUCUUCUGGCCUGCUGCUGUCUUGUCCCCCUCAACACACACUCCUGGCUGCAGGAUAUCUCCUUGCUCCUGUCUUCUGGUCUCUGUCACCCACGUCCUGGUCCUCUCUCCCCACUUCUUUCUCCUCUCAGCCCUCUUCUCUUCAGCCCCUCUUGCUUUCCUCCUCAUAGUGGUUCUCUGUUCCAGGCUACUGUUCUGUGUCUGUUCCUCCUCCCAGUGGUCUUGUUUCACUACUCCUGGGUUCCCUUCUCCAUCCCUCCCUGUACUUCUCUCUUCCUUCUCUUCACACCAUCCUGAACCCUAGUUUAUCUUCUCCUUUUUCCAGGCUCUUGGCUCCCUCCCUCCCAGGUCUUUGUCUUUUACAGCUUGUCACCAUGCUCCCACUCUGUAAGAGAGAAAGACAAACUAGGAAAGGUAGUCUCUGCUUUUGGCAGCUUUUGGUCUAAUGGGACAAGGCCCUGUUCCCACUUGAGUUCCUUUGAGCAUGCCAGAGGUGACUAGGGAAAUAGGUGUGAUGGAGGACCAGCCACACUGGGAGGUGGGCACGUAGAGGCUCUUGGCUGGGCCAGGCCAUCCCACGCUGAGCAUAUCUUUUAUUCCCCAGGCAUUGCACUUGCCUCACAUUUAGGCCUAAGGUUCUCAGUCAGUGGGUUGAGGCCCUCAGUGGACAUGGGGCAGUGUCAGGAGAUAUUUUUGGUUGGCACAGUUAGGGCAUGCUACCUGCAUCAAAUGGGUAGAGGCCAGAGAUGCUGCUAAACAUAGGGCACACAGGACAGUCCCGACAAAAUCUUCUGCCCCAAAAGACAGUCUUGCUGAGGUUGAGACCCCCUGGUCAUUGACCUGUAGAUCUGAGGGACCUUGAACCCCAAGCCGGUUAGCAUGGCCUUUCUCUUGAAAGUGCUGGGGAGCCAUGGGAUGGCUUGGAGCUGGAGAGGGACCGUCACCCUGAAGGUGGGAUGCUCAUUCUAGAGUCUAGUUUGGGUCAAGCAGACUGAAGAGAGAGGCUGAGCCAGGGUAGGGGCCAUGGAACAGAAGAGGGCGGGGGGUGGGAGGUGGUAUGCAUGGGAUUUAAUUCCUGGCUUGGAAAGUGAUGAGGAAGGAGGCGGCAGUGAGGCUGCCCAGCUGACAGGCUCCAUGACUGGCAGCUCUCUAGCUCCAGUGCUGUACUCAGGAUGUUUGGUUGGGCAAGUUUCCCCAUAUUUAUAUAUAAUUGGCCUUGGUUGGCGACAUAACUAUGAAUAUCCCUUGUGGGUGGGACCCUGGUCUGUCGACCUAAUUCUCUUAGCACCUUUCCACCUGUGGAGUUGGUACUGUCAUUCCUUGGCGGAUGUGUCCCUCCACAGAUCCCAGAGUCAUGUCCUGCAGGGGUCUGGGAGGCCAGCUUGGGUGGGAGGUGGGGCCUCUGCCCACUUCCAGGGCUGUGAGGUAGCUUGGGCUGUGGAGGUAGAACCGCAUUCCACUUCUUAGUGCUACUUAUUCACUGAGUGUGUGUAGAAGGUAAAGCAAUGUGGCCUAUAGGAGAAGGUCCAGUGAGUUAACAGUAAGCUCGCAUAAAAGCUGUUUCCUAGCACAUACAAGUGCACAGUAGUGUUUCUUAACGGCGACCAAAAGUUGCUGCUUUAUGUGUGUCAUGAUGAUUGCUGGCUGACCCAAGGCAGGGAAAGCAUCGAAGGGUGGGGUCUCUAUAGAGUAGCUCUGCUCCCUUGUCUGGCCCCUGGCCCUCAGCCAGCGGAGGAGCCAACCAGGCCCUUCCCCUCCUACCCGUCUCCUUCCUGGCCCCCUGCACAGGUAAGUGAGGGUGAGGGGGGGCACAACUGGGGACUGGGGCCACCAACCCCACCCCGGGCCCCCCCAAGCCCCUGAGGUGGGGAGGCUGGGAGGGGGUUGGGGAGCCAGCAAGUACAGUGCUGAGGAGACUCUGUGGGUGUCCAAACAGGGGGUACCCACUGCCUGCUUGUGGGGCCCUCCCCCAACCCACCUGCGCGCCUCAUCACUUUCUCCUCUUGUCUCCAUAGCUUCCGCCCUGCGCUGCCAGUCUCCUACCUGCAGGCCGAGCUGGCCUUCGAGGGCGAGGCCGCCUGUCGGGCCUUCCUAGAGCCCUUGGGCCU